AUGGAGGUGGAGGCCGAGCAGCUGAUGGAAAAGAACAUAGGAGCAUUUUCUGAGACCGAGGAGCCGGUGACUGAGUGGAUCCCUCAUGAAAGGAAAACCAUGUGGGUCCCACCACUGAAGAGAGACUGCUCUACAAUCCAGUACCCACUGUUCUUAAACUGGACUUCACUGGGCCUGGGCUCCUCUCCAGCAGGAGCUUCUCUGGUGGUAAAAAGCUCUUUUUAUGGUCUUGUUGGUCGUUGCAUUCCAUCUGAAUGUUUUUCCUGUCCCGUUUAUCCACAGGCGGUCCGUGUCACAAAGCCCAACAUCCCAGAGAGCAUUCGCCGGAACUACGAGCUUAUGGAGAGCGAGAAGACCAAGCUGCUGAUCUCCCAGCAGACACAGAAGGUUGUGGAGAAGGAGGCAGAGACGGAGAGGAUUAAAGCGGUGAUAGAGGCUGAGAAAGUGGCUCAAGUUGCAGAAAUCAAGUUUGGACAGAAAGUCAUGGAGAAGGAAACGGAAAAAAGAAUCUCUGAGAUUGAAGACGGUGCUUUCUUGGCCCGGCAGAAAGCCAAGGCUGAUGCGGAGUUCUACACGGCUCAGCGAGCGGCUGAGGCCAAUAAGCUCAAGCUAACACCAGAGUACCUGCAGCUGAUGAAAUACAAGGCCAUCGCAGCCAACAGCAAAAUCUACUUUGGGAGCGACAUACCACAGAUGUUUGUGGACUCUGGCUCAGCAGGGAGCUCCAUCAAGGCCUCGGCAGCCAUGGACAUUGUUGCCGAGCACAUCAUGGACCUGGAUUAGGCAGGAAAGUAGUGGCACCUGCUGGAAUGUUCAAAGGCAGAGCACUAUCAGCUGAAGGAGAUCUGCCUACUGCGGGUCUGUACUUCUCAACACAUCUGAAUUACUGCUAGGAAUCCCUGUUCUCCAGCCUCAGAGCAGACAACAUGAGCAUUCGCUCUGUCCUGAUGGCCACUGAAGUCCUCUAAACACGGUGUGAUUAAAAUCCGUUAUUGUCAUUUAGCAAAAUAAGAAUUUAAAAACUUGUCCUUGCUACUGCUGCUGCUCAGUUUUUGAUUUUUUUAUGGUCUGUGCAUCAAGCCUACGUAGCCAAAGCAUCAAGGAUCCCAAAUCCAUCAAUACUUUGUUUGUACCAUCCAUUCCACUAAAGUAAUGGCUGUAUUCCUCAAGCAUGCCCACAGCCAACAAUGUCAAAGGUUGUUCUUUUUAAAGGGUACCUUUAAACACUGCCCGUCUCUAUGGGGAAGUCAGCUGAUUGGUCUCAUUCAUGUCAGGGUAGAUAAACAUGCUUUAAUUAGUUUUUGAUACGGUCAUUAUUUAAAAAGCAAAAUAACCAUCACAAAGCAGGUUGAGCGUUUGGGUGAAUGUUCUGCAGAAACCGUGCUGUUACUCAGUUACGUGUUUUACAUUUCCACACAGACUGUAAUCAAGAGUGUUUUUUUUCUCUGCUCUCUGCCUGAAAGACGGACCAAAUGUGUCUCUGAGGAUGAAUGUACUGAGGUAGCUGUUCACUGUCACAUUUGACAACAUCACUGGAUUGCUGCAGUUUGUUUUUUCAACUUGUUUUGAACGCUGGAUUUGUGCACCUGUGUGAAGUUGUUAUAUAUUUUCUGUAUACGUGUUUCUCACAUUGAAUAACUGAUUAAGAGACUAUUUGUUUCUGGAGUUUUCUUCUUCUUUUUCCACCUCCACUGUGAAAGAAACCAAAGUAUUCAUGUGUGACAUCAGCUUCUCACAAAACUAUUAAGCAAAAUUUUUAUGCAACCAAUUUCGUGGGCGUCCUGUAAGACUCUUCAUAAGACAAGAAUUAAUAAUUGCCUUUUAGUAUUUGGUGGCGUGACGCAGCUGUGGAGGAGGAACACUCUAGGAUGUAGUAAUGAUGACGAGUUUUUAACCAUCCAGAAAUUCAGUCUGUAGUUUUCCGUUACUCACUUCAGUGAUCUUAUAAACGUCAUACGAUCCAGUGAUUCUGAAAACAAUCUGUUGGGAAAUCUUCAUGAGUCCACGUUGAGUCAUCUCUGAGGUUUUACAGCCAGGACGGUUUGCAGAAUGCACGACUGAGCGCUGAUAACCAUGUGCUUAAAUUUCCAAAGAACCAAUUGGUGUGAAGGACCGACUGGUUUAGGGGAAUUGGCGUGCUCGGUAUAAGCAGCGUCACUGUGAGCAAAUAUUUCUUUAGGCCAGGAGCCAAAUGGCGUUUUUACAAAAAGUUAUGAUUAUUUUAAGAUUUUCCGUAAUCUGAUUCGUCUGUCAUUUUUUAAUUUCUUGUAGCUAUAUCUUCACAUUCAUGUGUUAGUGGACACACUUUUAAAGAAAGUGGACCACUUUGCUAUCAGUGAUGUUUUUCAAAGGGACUAGCACCCACCCACGCAAAUGUUUUUGUACUGACUUCAGCUGUGAAUGUACAAUCAAGGCAUUGUCUUCUGAUAAUAAAGUACUGUGUUUUCUUCUUUGCA